CAAUUUUCAAUACUUGAAUAAACUUGAUCCUUUUCUUCAGUCACCAAAAAAAUAUCAAACACAAAAAUCCAAUCCACACCCCAACAAACACAAAAUACGAAGUAGAAACUUCUUCUGAUCCUCUCCGGCAUAUAUAAAGUCACCGGCACCAAACACUGAAACACAAACACACUCAGAAUCCAAACAUGAUCCCAAACAAAAGACUAGUAGUAGUAUCUUCUUCUUCUCAUUUCACAGUCUUCUUCCUGCUUCUUCACUACUUAAUCUUCUUCUCUAAAUCAAUUCCAACUGUAAAUUCACAAAUCAACGUAUGGCCUAAACCACGUAUACUCUCAUGGCCAUACCCACAAGCAAAUCUACUAUCUCCAUCUUUCAAAAUCAUAUCCCCAUAUCAUCACAAACAUCUCACCCCUGCAAUUCAACGUUACCACAACUUAAUCCAUUCCGAACAUUACAAUCCAAUCAUCAUCCAACAUCCCAAUGUUAUCAACAUAGCAACAGCCUCAUCAUCACACCCACCAUUAGAAAUCUUAACACUAACCAUAACCGAUCUCAACUCACCGUUACAACACGGUGUAGACGAAUCAUAUGAUCUUACAAUUCCAACUGUUGGAUCAGCAAAUUUGACUUCUAAAACUGUAUGGGGUGCGAUGAGAGGAUUAGAAACCUUCUCACAACUCGUUUGGAGCGGAGGUGGUGACUCGUUGUUGUUUGUUGGGACUGGGUUGUAUAUUUCAGAUUGGGCGAUUUUUGGUCAUAGAGGGGUGUUGCUUGAUACAAGUAGAAAUUAUUAUGGAGUUGAUGAUAUCAUAAGGACUAUUAAAGCUAUGAGUGCUAAUAAACUCAAUGUUUUCCAUUGGCAUAUCACUGAUUCUCAUUCUUUUCCACUGGUUUUGCCUUCGGAACCGGAAUUGGCUCGGAAAGGAUCUUAUGGUCCAAAAAUGAUGUAUUCUGUAGCUGAUGUGAGGAAGAUUGUAGAGGUUGGAUUUCAACAUGGUGUUCGAGUUUUGCCGGAAAUCGACAUGCCUGGACAUACUGGAUCAUGGGCAGAAGCAUAUCCAGAGAUUGUCACAUGCGCAAAUAUGUUUUGGCAACCAGUAGGAACUGCCUGGGAAGAUCGUCUUGCGUCUGAACCAGGAACUGGCCAGCUUAAUCCCCUAAACCCAAAAACUUAUGAAGUCACUCACAAUGUCUUAAAAGACAUAGCAACUCUCUUUCCCGAAGACUUCUUCCAUGGCGGGGCUGAUGAAGUAGUCUCUGGUUGUUGGAAAACUGAUCCAAUGGUCCAAAAUUUUGUGUCAAAUGGUGGAACCUUUAGUCAACUCCUUGAGAUCUUUAUUAACUCAACUCUCCCUUACAUCACAUCCCUUAACCAUACCAAUGUUGUUUAUUGGGAAGACGUCUUACUCGACCAAUAUGUGAAGGUAGAUCCUUCAUUCCUACCUAAAGACAGUGUCAUUUUACAAACCUGGAACAAUGGCCCAAACAACACCAAGCUAAUCGUUUCGGCUGGAUAUCGAGCCAUCGUCUCAUCGUCUGAUUUUUAUUACUUAGACUGUGGUCAUGGUGGUUUUGUUGGGAAUGAUAGUCGAUAUGAUAAGCAAAAUGGGGACGACUUAGGAAGCCCAUUUAACUACAAUAACGGAAAUGGUGGUUCAUGGUGCUCUCCAUUUAAAACAUGGCAAAGAAUUUAUGAUUAUGACAUAACUCAUGGGUUGACGGAGGAUGAGGCGAAAUUUGUUCUCGGUGGUGAAGUGGCUCUUUGGUCUGAACAGGCUGAUCCCAGUGUUUUAGAUGCUCGAAUAUGGCCCAGGGCCUCAGCUAUGGCUGAGACACUAUGGUCAGGGAAUCGAGAUGAGACAGGGAAGAAGCGGUACGCCGAAGCGACAAAUCGGUUGAAUGAAUGGCGGUAUAGAAUGGUGGCAAGAGGGAUAGGGGCUGAACCCAUUCAACCGCUUUGGUGUAUGACCCAUCCUGGCAUGUGUAAUAUGGCUCAAUAAUGAAUUUGUUGUUGCCAAGUAUGAAUAUCCUUUCGGAAAGGAAAGAAAAAAGGUCCGUAUAUAUCCUUCAACUUAUAAUAGAGUGUGCAUUCAUUUUAUUACAGGAUAGCUGUUGAUCAUUGUUGUCCUUUUUGUAUUAAAAUGGUAUCUGGAAUGUAUUGUACUCUUUAUCCAAAAGAACAAGUUGCUUUGAGGUUGAUUUAGUGUACUAAAUGUAAACUUCAGCCUGGCUCAACUAUUGAAAAUCAUCUACGCGAAAUGCAGAAUUGUUGAGAACCAAA